AUGGGGGGUUCCCCCUGGAUGUCAACAGCAUCACGAUCUGCAAGACGUUGGACAUGCCUCCGCUGUCCCAGCGAACCUGAAAGGUUCCUUCCUGACCCGCUGGCCGCCCCGUACUUUGCGCAGUCCGGGUGUCUAAAUAUCUGGAUCGCGUGGAACUUUGAUGCCACUAAAACGUCAGCAGCGUUUACUCCAGACGAUAAUUACCCAGUUACGACAUUCUUCGCAAUGCACAUGUACCACGAACACCCGGCCAGUAUUCCUCCAUCGUGGAAGCUGAGGUGCCUACCUAUCGGUAAUCCUGAUGGCAAUAUUGCUUGA